UUUCAAUCUGUCGCCGGCCGCAUUUACCUACAGACCAACCAUCCCGUACUUGCCGCCGCUUUCUAGGCGCAUUCACUCUGUCACUCACGCACAUUUACUAUGACCGAGAACACAUCCGCUUCGAAAUCCGGAGAACAAAAAACGCACCCUCUCCAGUUUAAAUGGACUCUAUGGCAUGACAUUGUCAAUAGGUCCAGCUAUGGCGCCAACCUACGAGAGGUGGCUUCGUUCGACACCGUCGAAGACUUUUGGGCUGUUUUUAACAAUUUGAUGGAGCCGUCAAGAUUACCCCGUAAUAACACAUACAACCUGUUCAAAUAUGGAAUCGAACCGAAAUGGGAGGACAAGCAGAACACCAAUGGCGGCGAAUGGCGGCUGCCUCUCCCUAAUUCCUACAAGGAUCAGCUAGACAAAUAUUGGUUGAACACGCUUCUAACUGUGCUAGGAGAAGGUUUCGGCCCGGAGGAGAGCGAUGAUAUUUCGGGCAUCGUGCUCAAUAUCAAGUCAGGAAAAGACCGUCUUGCGAUCUGGACAAAGUCGGCGCUCUCGGCGGACCUCCAAAUGCGAAUCGGCCAGCGCUGGAAGAAGACGGUUUCCAUCACGCACGAAAUCGAGUAUAUCUCUUUCAAGGACGCCAUGGGCGGUGCCCGUCGCGGGUCCUCUCGUUACCGAAUCGAAUAAUUCAUGAUGGCAUAUUUGCCAAUAAGUUUACUCACAACUCAGCUGUUCUCAAUGCCUACACUUCGUAAAUGCAGUUCUGGGAGGGCUUCAGUCUUCUGUUUAAUGAAUACUAUAAUUCUGAGAUGAAUAUGGAAUGGUGUCUACUGAGGAAUAAAAAAACGUAGAAGCGAUGUACA